GUGCGAGGAGACGCUAUUCGACCAACUGGUACGAUCAAAAGAAGAAAGACGGUCGCUUGCGCUGGCCAUAGCCGCCUUGAAAGAAGUGGUGCCUGAGCUGCCGCCGGUACGGUUCAACCAGGACACCACCCCAUUACAUCUGGCAAUUAUGUGGACCGACGCCUCCACAGACGGGGGACCACAGGGCCAGCCGAUGCUUGGUGGAUACCACAUCAGCAGGUGGGGACAAGUAGAGGC